UUGUUUUUGUCAGAUAUGGAUUGGGCUAUGUGAUUCCUCUUAGGAUGAUCAGGAGUUUUUUCCCUUUUGUUCCUCCUUUUCGCUCUUCUGUCUCUCUCCCUCUCCCUAUCAUCCGAUCUCGUUUUUCGAAGUGGAGUUCGUUUUUUCUGUUGUACAGGAAUUGAUUCUUAUUCUUUGAGAUGCUUUCCGCAGCUUUUUGGAGUGAUUUUUUGAGUUGAAUUCUGCUUUUUCGGGCUGAAUCUAGUGUUUAAUUCAUUAAUUGUUUUCAUUUGCUUGACUAUGCGUCUUUUUAGGUAAUUAUCUCUGCUUUUACUUAAUAGGUGAUCUUCGGCUUAGAUUCUGCUUCUGGUUUUGAAUCUAGUUACUUUUGAGGUGCUCAUUUGGUUUAUUCCCUCCCUUUUACGGUAAUUGCGAACUUUUUUUAUCGAUGGGGUCUUGUCUGUUGUAAAGAUCCUUUAUUAUUAUUAUUUUUUUUUUCUCUUUGAGGCUUCGAGUGUUGAUAUUGGUGCAGUUAGCCUCAUUUUGGAUGAAUGUCUGCUCCAGUUGUGGAAUGGGGUUGUUUUUGUGAUAUCUUGGUCUCAGGUGCUGAAAUGAAUAUGAACGGGAUGCAAAAUAGAAGAGCUCGUGAUCUAGAUAAGCCAUUUCCCGGAUGCAUGGGAAGAAUGGUGAAUUUCUUUGAUUUGAGUGCAGGCAUACCUGGAAACAAGCUGCUUACAGAGAAAGCACAUCGAGAUGGAUAUUUUCUUCCUAGAAGUCGAUCAGAGAAGUCGGAUCCCAUCAGAGAUCAGAUGGAGGAUAAUCUAAUAGGAUACGAGUUGAGUAGGACUUCUUCAAGCAAGAAAUCAAGGGGAACACCCAUGAAGAUGCUUAUAGCCCAAGAAAUGUCAAAAGAAACAGAGUCUAAGGAAAAGCCGCCUGGUGUGGUUGCCAAGUUGAUGGGGCUGGAUGCACUUCCAGGAAAUCAUCCUGACUCAACAGUAGAGAGAAGCCGAGCAAAAGGUUAUUUACCAAAUUCUUUUACUCAACCAGGGACAAUGCUGAAAUAUCAGCACCAAGAGAGGCAAAUUCAACAUGAGACUCGUCUAGUUCAGGAGCAGAAAGAGUACAAAGAUGUUUAUGAAGUCUGGCAGCAAUCACCAAAAGGCAAAAACACUAUGGAUAAAUCUCCACAAAAGGGAAGAUAUAAUGAAAAUCUAAAUGAGAAAAAGAUGGAUCUUGUCCGUCAGAAGUUCAUUGAAGCCAAACGUCUUGCCACUGAUGAAAACCUCCGCCAGUCUAAGGAAUUCCAAGAUGCAUUGGAGGUUCUGAGUGCCAACAAGGAGUUAUUCCUCAAGUUUUUGCAAGAACCAAAUUCACUGUUUGCACAACGUCUGUGUGAGCUACAGUCUAUUCCACCACCUCCUGAGACAAAACGCAUAACAGUCCUAAGACCUUCUAAGACCUUGGAAAAUAGCAUAUUUGCUGAGCAAGAGAAGAAGGAUGAUAGACAAAUAAGGAAACAAAUGCAAGUGUUUGAAGCAAAUAAGUGGGACAAAGACAAGUCUAGCUGCAAUCCUAUGUAUACCAAUCAAAAGGUUGAUGUUUCUGCUCAACCAACACGGAUAGUGGUCUUAAAACCUAGUCCUGGGAAGACCCAUGACAUUAAAGCUCUUGUUUCUUCUCCUCCCUCUUCACCGAGGUUGACACAAAAUAAAGACUUCUGUGUGGAACCAGAAGAUGACGAGGCAAGAGGAUCAAGAGAAGUAGCAAAGGAGAUCACACGACAGAUGCGUGAAAAUUUGAGCAGUCACCGGAGGGAUGAGACUUUGAUGUCCUCUGUGUUUUCCAAUGGAUACAUUGGAGAUGAGAGCUCAUUCAAUAGGUCAGCAAACGAGUAUGUAGAGGAAGGAAAUCUCAGUGAUUCAGAGGUCAUGACACCAACAUCAAGGCAUACAUGGGAUUACAUCAACAGGUUUGAUAGUCCCUACUCGUCUUCUUCCUUCAGCCGAGCAUCCUAUUCUCCAGAGUCAUCAGUUUGCAAGGAAGCAAAGAAGCGGCUUUCAGAAAGAUGGGCCAUGAUGGCAUCAAAUGGAAGUGGCCAAGAGCAAAAACAAUUACGGAGAAGUUCUAGUACAUUGGGUGAGAUGCUUGCUCUUUCUGAAACAAAGAGUUCUAUAAGAUCUGGUGAAGAUGAUCCUGAUGGGGGGCUUAGUGCCAUUAGCAGCAGAUCCUGUGGUGAUGAACAAGAUCUGAUGACACUAACAUCAUGUUUAUCAGGUAUCAGGAAUAGGAAUGAAGGUGUGGAGGUAUCUCCCGAAGUUCUACCAAGGUCAAGAUCAGUACCUGCUUCCUCUACAGCUUAUGGUAUGGAGCUAAAUGUUGAAUUUCCAGAUCCCAAUAUUGGUAAAUCAAUUGUUCCCAAGGAAGAGUCAAAGUCAAAGGGAGGGAUAUCAUCAUUCAAGGGAAAAAUUUUUAGCUUAGUUUUUUCAAGGAAUAAGAAACCAUGCAAAGAAAAAUCUUGUGCAUCUCCCUUGGCUGGCUCUCAAGGUCAUUCUCAGUCUACCCUUGCAGAGACACCAGGGGUUGCAAAGCAGCUUUCGCCAGGAAGAAGUGAUGAUAUUCCACAAUGUGUUACUAAUAAUGGACUUGGAGGUGGCUUAUCAUCUAACUUAAGAGUGUUGUCAAACCAUACUUCCUCAUCGGCUUCCAACUGUGUAGGAACAAAACAAGGCAGUUUCACAUACGAGGCAGCAUCUCUAGCAAACCAGGAACAACCAAGCCCUAUUUCAGUGUUGGAAGCACCAUUUGAAGACGAUGCAGACACAACUUCACAGCUCUCUGGAAAUGUCAACUCUGACCACCAGGGGCCAUCUGUGAACUUUCACCCUCUUAGAUCAAACUUAAUUGACAAAUCCCCACCAAUAGGAUCAGUUGCACGGACCCUGUCUUGGGAUGAUUCUUGCUUAAUAGCUUCCAGGCCAAAUUCAUUAAACUUUUCUAGGUUUCUCUCUGAGGCAGAGGAAGAACAAGAUCAAUUUUUAUUUUUCCAGGCAUUACUUUCAACUGCAGGCCUGGACCAUGAGGAACAGGCAGAUAUGAUAAUAUCCAGAUGGCAUUCACCAGAAAGUCCAUUGGAUCCAUCAUUGAUUGAAAAAUGUAUCAGUCUCCAUAAUGAUAAGGAAAUUUUGCAUGAAGCAAAGCACAGACAGAGAAGAUCAAACAAGAGACUGUUAUUUGACUGUGUCAAUGCAGCCCUGGUCGAUAUGAUGGGAUAUUCAUCAGAAGUGAGCCCAUGGGUGAGGAUGUGUAGCACUUUCCAAAGUAGGGCUUCAGUAGAUGCACCAGUGACUGUGGACAAAGUAUGGAGCUGUGUGAAGAAGUUGUAUAAUAGCAGUGAGGGAAGAUGCUAUUCAGCUGAAACCGGGGACAGCACCAGCCUGGUGGUGGAGAAGGUUGUGAGAAAGGAGGUGGCAGGAAGGGGGUGGGAGGAUGUCAUGAGGUUGGAAGUAGAUACAAUAGGGAAGCAAAUAGAGGGAGAGAUGCUGGAGCAGCUGGUCCAAGAGGCUCUUGUUGAAUUGACAGGUUGGUUGUGAUGAAGAUGUACGUUAUUUUCAAUUUUUUUUUUCUCUAUUUCUGUACCGUGAUUAUUACUUAAAUUCAUGGUGGUCUUACCAACCUCAAUUUCUUUUAUGCCACAAAUUUUCAUGUUUGUAUUGUUUAAAUA